AGAUGAGAGCGGAUAAGAGUCACUACAUCGACGGUAUCUGAUCGAAAACUUACGCGCAAAUUAAUUAAACAACGGUCCUCACCGAGCGCUCACUGUGUGCAGAAUACUGAACUAAAUGCUUGGGAAGAAAUCACUGGACUAACUGUUGGAAGCGUAAAAAAAGAGUUAAAGACAUAAUGCCUGCUGCCCUUGAGCAAUUUAUAGCGUAGUGGGGAAGAUGGACCUCUAAAUGAAUUACUGCUAGGGGAAGUAAUGGAUAUAAAAGAUCUGUAAAUAAAUGCUAUGGGGCAGGGGGGCGGUGCUCACGUGUACUAAAACGCUGAGAUGGUGCGCUCAAGUGCUGAAGAGGCAUUUGGUUACAUCAAGAGGGGGAAUUAAAAAUUAAUCGUGGAAGGCCAGAGUCCUGAGUGAGACCCGAUUCGCUCUCGUCGGGAUGUUUCGGCGGCACGGUGUCGGACGGCGCUCGGGUGGAGGGGGAGGCGUCCGUUUUCAAACCGGGAUAUCGGGCUGUCAACAGAAUGAGCCACCACCGCAUAAAGAACGAGAGAGAAAAAGACCUCGGGUCACGAAGGGAAGAGACCGAAUUGUCCACGAACACCACCUUCCACAGAGGCGGUAUUCCGGGGAAGAAGAUGAGAGAAAGCUGGAAAGAGCAAGGGGGGCCCCAGAGUUCUGCCCAAAUUCCUCGCAAACAAAUCUCUUCCUCUUCUUGGGAUGCCGCUUUACUGAAGGGCCUAAAGAGAGGACAGCAGGCUUACCUCAGCGGUAUCGUGAGGAUUUAUGACACCCAGCCCUUGAGGGACAACCUUUACCGACGGUACAUCUUCAAUCUCCACCACCAGCGGAGACUGGGAUACAUCACCCAACGGGAAGUUGCCGACCGCACUCUCCUGUUGGACCGAUCUCUCGCCCCUAAGAGGGACCUCCGCAAGGAGGCAGGCUCCGGUGCCACAAAAUUGCCGUCCGCAUUCCCUAUUUUGACGUUCCAGGAGGAGGCGGCCGUUCAGGAGCGUGACGGUCGCCUCUCCGCGGAUCCUGACGACGGGAAGAUGCCCGGUGGAAGAAGGAACGAGAGCUCACGCCUAAACCCACCGGCGCAUGAUCUGGAAAUGCGGCGCCACCAAACCAGCAGCGUGGCCUACGAACAAUAAUCACGUCGGGAUUCCGUUAAGCACUUACUCUGUGCGGAGCGCCGUUCUAAGCGCUGGGGGAGAUACGGGGUCAUCAGGUGGUCCCGCG